AUGUGGAUCACUCUUAAAAUCUGCUUAUAUCUGUCCUUUAACUGUGUCUCAGCUUCAGUCCUUAGUUCAGGCAUCUGUCAGCUCCAGGGACACUUCAAGUUGAACGGGAUGUUUCAGGAUGGAGAUCUUAUAAUUGGAGGCCUCUUUGAAGUUCAUUUCCUCACAGUGUUCCCAGAGCUGAGCUUCAGAAAAAAGCCAGAACCUCCAUACUGUGAGCACUUCUAUAUGACAAGCUUCCAGCAGGCACUAACAAUGGUUUUUGCUAUCAAUGAGAUUAAUAACAAUCCAAACCUGCUGCCUAACAUCACACUUGGUUACCAAAUCUAUGACAACUGUUUAAGGCUUGGAGUGGCAUUCCGUGGUGCUACAGCUCUGGUUGGUGGGACAGAGGAGAUCGUUUCUGACCUCAACUGCAAAGGGCCACCACCGGUGAUUGGAAUCAUAGGUGAUCCAGGUUCUACUCAUUCUAUUGCAAUUUCCAGUGUCUUAGGGCUGUUUCGACUGCCUAUGAUUAGCUACUAUGCCACCUGCUCCUGUUUGAGUGACAGGAAAAAGUACCCCUCUUUCUUCAGAACUAUCCCCAGUGAUGCCUUCCAGGUCCGGGCUAUGAUUCAGAUUUUGAGGCAUUUUGGAUGGACCUGGGUCGGUCUCCUCUACAGUGAUGAUGAUUAUGGAAUCAAUGCUGCACAAUCGUUCCAUCAGGAUGUGCAGAAGUUUGGAGGAUGUGUGGCUUUCUCUGAAAUACUCCCCAACGAUAACAACCACAAUGAAAUACAACGCAUAGCUGGAGUCAUUCAGAGCUCCACAUCAAAUGUGGUGGUUGUGUUUUCAACCUCAAGCUAUUUGUUGCCUGUAAUUGAUGAGAUGCUUUUGAAAAAUGUUACAGGAAGACAAUGGAUUGCUAGUGAGGCUUGGUCAACCUCACCUGUGCUUCUUGCUCAACGAUUUAAGUCUGUCUUAGGGGGUACACUGGGUAUUGCCAUCCGACGAGGAGAAAUUCAGGGGCUUCAAAACUUUCUGCUACGCCUUUGUCCUGAUAACAGCUCACAAAACAAUAUGGUAAGAAUCUUCUGGGAGAACAUGUUUGGGUGCAAUUUCGACACUAAAGGCAGAGAGGGGGGGAAAUUAUGUUCAGGACAAGAGGACCUGAGCAACACAGACACACCAUAUACAGAUGUGUCAGAGCUGAGGGCCUCUUACAAUGUGUAUAAGGCUGUUUAUGCACUGGCACAUGCACUUUAUGACCUAAUAAAGUGUGUAGAGAGAGGACCAUUCAGUGGGAACAGUUGUGCCGAUAAAACCAACCUGAAACCCUGGCAGCUGGUUCAUUACCUACAGAAUGUGAACUUCACCACCAGCUUUGGUGAUCAUGUGUCAUUUGAUAAGAAUGGAGAUGCUCUGGCCAUCUAUGAUGUACUGAAUUGGCAGCCGAGCUCUGAUGGGUCAGUUGUCCACACAGUUGGUGUGGUGAAUGAAGGGGCGACAACAGGGAAAGUGCUCACACUGGAUGAGGAAGCAAUAUACUGGAACUUUGAAACGAACAAACCCCCACGGUCUGUGUGUAGUGAGAGCUGCCCCCCAGGAACCAGACGAGCUACACGCAAGGGUCUUCCUGUCUGCUGUUUUGACUGCCUGCCAUGUGCAGAUGGAGAGAUUUCUUUUACAACAGAUGCCACUGAGUGCAAAGCAUGUCCAAAUGAUUUCUGGUCCAACCCUGAAAAAGAUCAUUGCAUCCCCAAAGAAGUGGAGUUUUUGUCUUAUGGGGACCCUCUGGGCAUCUCUCUGACCACUGUGGCCCUGCUCGGCACCUGUUUCUGUGCUCUUGUGAUAAUCAUCUUCGCUCAUCACCAUAAAACUCCUGUAGUACGUUCAAACAAUUCAGAGCUCAGCUUCCUGCUGCUGUUGUCACUUAAACUGUGUUUUCUGUGUGUGCUGUUGUUCAUUGGCCGACCACAGUUAUGGACGUGUCAGUUAAGACAUGCUGUGUUUGGUAUAAGUUUUGUCCUGUGUGUCUCCAGCAUCCUGGUCAAGACUAUGGUAGUAAUAGCUGUGUUCAAGUCAUCUCGACCAGAGGGUAAAGGAGCAAUGAAAUGGUUUGGAGCAGCUCAACAAAGAUGCACAGUUCUGGUCCUAACAGCACUUCAGGUUGUGAUAUGUGCAGUCUGGCUAUCAACUGCCUCUCCAACACCACAUAAAAACAGCCAAUACAUCAGGUCCAUUAUAGUAUAUGAAUGUGCUAUAGGAUCAGUGGCUGGUUUUUCUUUGUUGCUGGGAUACAUUGGACUACUGGCAGCAGUAAGCUUCCUGUUAGCCUUCCUGGCAAGGAACCUUCCCGAUAAUUUUAACGAAGCAAAGUUCAUCACUUUUAGUAUGUUAAUCUUCUGUGCUGUGUGGAUUGCAUUUGUUCCAGCAUAUGUGAGCUCUCCAGGGAAAUAUUCAGUGGCUGUGGAGAUAUUUGCCAUUUUAGCAUCAAGUUUUGGGUUACUUGUGGCCAUAUUUGCCCCUAAGUGCUACAUCAUUGUAUUACACCCGGAAAGAAACACUAAAAAAGCCAUAAUGGGAAGAGGUACACAAAAUAAAUAG